UGCAACAGGAAACGAUUUGCCACCAUCAUGCUAAUGGCGCCUAUGAUGGCGCUAAAGGGCAACAGAUUGCGGGGCCGUCGGGGGCCGGCCAGCGUAAGGAGGUGCGGUUGCGGUGGCCAAAGUAUGGUCGGCAGUGACUGCAAUCCGUUCAUUUCCACACCAUCGGCCGUAUUUUCGCGAACUUUGCUCGUUACCUUUCUGCUGAUGACGUUCAAUGUGAACGUGUGCCAGGUGGUACAGGCCGCGGCUAGUGCCAGUGCGAGUGCCAGUGCAAGUGCGAGUGCAGCCGCCGGAAUUGAGCGACGACCGACCGGGGAUCUACAGCGGCCCGAUGGCCUUAAAAUGCAUCACUACGGAAUUACGUCAGCAGCGUCCUCGGCCUCGCUGCACCACGCCAACGGUGCUGGAACGUCAACGGCCGCAUCAUCCGCAGCGUCCGCAGCAGCCCUAGUCGCCGGGGGACUCUCGUCACCGUCGUCCUCGCUGACAGGAGCGGCGGAAAAGCCCUACUUUGACGAUGUCAACUCGCGCAACGUAACGACCGUCGUGGACGACACGGCGAUUCUGAAAUGUCGCGUGAAGCACAAAGGCGAUAGAACGGUGUCCUGGAUGCGCAAGCGGGACCUGCACAUAUUGACAUCGAACAUCUACACCUACACGGGUGAUCAGCGCUUCUCCGUAAUCCAUCCGCCCGACUCGGACGACUGGGAUCUGAAAAUUGAGUAUGCACAGCAGAAAGAUAGCGGAAUUUAUGAGUGUCAGGUGAACACCGAGCCGAAAAUAAAUCUCGCCGUUUAUCUGGACGUCACAGAUGAACGAGAGUUUGCCCAAGAUUUCUCCAAGUAUGGUCCAAACACUGGAGGAAAGCACUUUAUCGGUGCCAUUGGACUAGAUUUUCUCUCAACAGCCGCCCGUGCUAAGAUAAUCGGCUCCCAGGAGGUGCACGUCAAGAAGGGCAGCACCAUCUCGCUGUCGUGUGUUGUGAAUGUCCAUGCAUCGUCCAUCUCAUGGUACCAUGGAGUAUCGAUCGUUGACUUUGAUUCGGCCCGCGGUGGAAUCAGCCUGGAGACGGAAAAGACGGAAGGUGGCACAAGCAGUCGCCUCAUGCUUACCCGGGCCACGCUACGCGACUCGGGCAAUUACACCUGCGUCCCGACCGGAGCGAUAUCCGCCAGUGUACAGGUUCACGUUUUAAACGGUGAACAUCCGGCUGCAAUGCAGACGAGCAGUGGCGUUCCGUGUCCGACGCAUCAAGCACUUAUCCUUCUCUUUGUAUCAUUGAAUAGUUGUAACGUUAGUAAAUUAAUCUUCUUCAUAUCAAACCUGCUCGAAACGGUACGUUUCCUGCUCACUACAACGAUCGCCAACUUCCUUGUCCACAUCCGUCGACUAGCAGCUCUUUCGUUCGGAGCAAUACGACACUCUAAGGCAACCGGUUACGUUCUGCUGACACUGGCUUCGAUCGGCACCCAUCUGCGGAUUGCAGUACCGGCGCGAAGUACAGCGCCCCGACCAUGUCCCGAGUCGCAAGAUCUGGCCUCCGUGCGUACCCAGUCGAGAUGA